UCCGUCCACAGAGAUCUUCAUCAUUCUAUAGUCUGUCAAUUCGAUCCGCUCACUCUCCCCUGUCUCUCCCGUCUCUCUCUCUCUCGCGGAUCUCGUUCACUGUCCCGAUCAAAGCACCAUCAAAUCAGAGCACGCGAAAGCGGCACCCCAGUGGCAGAUACAUAUAAUAGGUGGAACCGGAAGGGAGAGUUGCAGUUGCAGUCCGUUCCCGGAGAAGAAGUUAUUCCACCGGAGGAGGAGGAGGAGCCCUGAAUGGCGGGAAACGAUUGGAUAAACAGUUACCUGGAGGCGAUCCUGGACGUAGGUCCGGCUCUCGAUGACAAGAAAUCGUCGCUGCUGCUGCGGGAGAGAGGUCGCUUCAGUCCCACCCGCUAUUUCGUCGAGGAAGUCAUCACCGGAUUCGAUGAGACCGAUCUCUAUCGCUCCUGGGUUAAGGCCCAAGCAACGAGGAGUCCCCAGGAGAGGAACACCAGGUUGGAGAACAUGUGUUGGAGGAUUUGGAACUUGGCCCGUCAGAAGAAGCAGCUUGAAGGAGAGGAAGCUCAAAGGAAAGCAAAACGUCGGCUUGAAAGGGAAAGAGGCCGAAGAGAAGCCACUGCUGACAUGUCUGAGGACUUAUCUGAUGGAGAAAAAGGAGAUGCAGUCAGUGAUAUCUCUGCUCAUGGUGAUAGCACCAGAGGCAGGCUUCCCAGGAUAAGUUCUGUUGAUGCAAUGGAGACAUGGGUUAGUCAGCAGAAGGGGAAAAAGCUUUACCUCGUUUUAAUAAGUCUCCAUGGCUUGAUACGGGGUGAAAAUAUGGAGCUUGGUCGAGAUUCUGAUACUGGUGGCCAGGUCAAGUAUGUUGUGGAACUAGCACGGGCUUUAGGUUCGAUGCCGGGCGUUUAUCGGGUUGAUUUGCUGACUAGGCAAGUGUCAGCACCAGACGUUGAUUGGAGUUAUGGUGAACCUACGGAGAUGUUGACCCCUAGAAAUUCUGAAAAUCUAAUGGAUGAAAUGGGAGAGAGCAGUGGUGCUUAUAUUAUCCGUAUACCAUUUGGUCCUAGAGAUAAGUACAUCCCAAAAGAACUUCUGUGGCCUCAUAUCCCUGAAUUUGUUGAUGGUGCACUCAACCAUGUCAUGCAGAUGGCAAAGGUUCUGGGAGAGCAGGUUGGUGGUGGACAACCUGUGUGGCCCGUUGCCAUCCAUGGACAUUAUGCAGACGCUGGUGAUGCAGCUGCACUUUUAUCUGGUGCCUUAAAUGUACCAAUGCUUUUUACUGGACACUCACUUGGUCGAGAUAAGUUAGAGCAACUUUUGAAACAAGGUCGUUUAUCAAGGGAUGAAAUAAAUGCAACAUACAAGAUUAUGCGUCGAAUAGAAGCUGAAGAAUUAUCGCUCGAUGCCUCUGAGAUAGUGAUAACUAGCACGAAGCAGGAAAUAGAUGAGCAGUGGCGUCUGUAUGAUGGUUUUGAUCCCAUUCUGGAGCGGAAGAUUCGAGCAAGAAUCAAGCGCAAUGUGAGCUGUUAUGGAAGAUUUAUGCCUCGCAUGGCUAUAAUCCCUCCAGGAAUGGAGUUCCACCACAUUAUUCCACAUGAUGGUGAUGUGGAUGGCGAAGCAGAAGGAAAUGAAGAUCAUCCUACUGUCCCUGAUCCUCCUAUCUGGUCCGAGAUAAUGCGCUUCUUUAGCAAUCCUAGGAAACCUAUGAUAUUGGCACUGGCGAGGCCAGACCCAAAGAAGAAUAUUACCACUUUGGUCAAAGCAUUUGGAGAAUGCCGUCCAUUAAGAGAGCUGGCAAAUCUAACGUUGAUUAUGGGUAACAGGGAUGGUAUCGAUGAAAUGUCCAGCACAAAUGCCUCAGUUCUCCUCUCUGUGCUCAAGCUUAUUGAUAAGUAUGAUCUCUAUGGGCAAGUGGCAUAUCCAAAACAUCACAAACAAUCUGAAGUUCCAGAUAUAUAUCGUCUUGCAGCUAAGACAAAGGGUGUGUUCAUCAAUCCAGCAUUUAUUGAACCAUUUGGUCUUACUUUAAUAGAGGCGGCAGCUCAUGGUUUGCCUCUUGUGGCCACAAAAAAUGGAGGCCCUGUUGAUAUCAUGAGGGUUCUUGACAAUGGUCUCCUUAUUGAUCCACAUGAUCAGCAGUCUAUUGCUGAUGCUCUUCUGAAGCUGGUUGCUGAUAAGCAGCUCUGGGCAAAAUGCCGGCAGAAUGGCUUAAAAAAUAUUCAUCUGUUUUCAUGGCCAGAGCAUUGCAAGACUUACCUUUCUCGUAUUGCAAGUUGUAAGCCCAGGCAUCCACAAUGGCAAAGAAGUGAUGAAGGAGUAGGAACUACAGAAUCAGAUUCCCCAAGUGAUUCCUUAAGGGACAUACAGGAUCUAUCUCUAAAUCUGAAGUUUUCGCUUGAUGGGGAAAAGAAUGGAACAGGUAGUAAUGAUGCCUCUGUCGGAUCUGAAGAGAGCACAGCUGAUAGAAAAAGUAAACUGGAGAAUGCUGUCAUGACAUGGUCAAAAGGCGUCUUAAAGGACACAAGAAAGACAGGUUUGGUGGAAAAAUUGGAUCAGAAUACUAGCUCUAGCAAAUUUCCUCCCUUGAGGAGGAGGAAACAUAUCUUUGUCCUAGCUGUGGACUGUGAUUCCCUUGACGAUCUUCUUGAUGUCACUCGCAAGGUUUUUGCUUCUAUGGAGAAGGAGAGGAACGAAGGAUCUGUUGGAUUUAUUCUGUCAACAUCUUUGACCAUUUCAGAGAUUCACUCUUUCCUCGUCUCUGGGGGCUUGAAUCCUGAAGACUUUGAUGCUUUUAUCUGCAACAGUGGUAGUGAUCUCUACUAUCCUUCAGUUAACUCGGAGAAUCGUCCCUUUGUGAUUGAUUUCUAUUAUCAUUCACACAUUGAAUAUCGUUGGGGGGGAGAGGGAUUAAGGAAGACUUUGGUGCGUUGGGCAGCCUCUAUUACUGAUAAGAAGGAUAAGAAUGAAGAACAGAUUGUCACUCUAGCUGAGAAACUCUCAACAGACUAUUGCUAUGCUUUCAAAGUGCAGAAGCCGGGAAUGGUUCCCCCAGUGAAGGAGGUUCGGAAAAUGAUGAGGAUCCAAGCUCUUCGUUGCCAUGCUGUGUACUGUCAAAAUUGGACGAGGCUUAAUUUUAUACCAGUUUUGGCAUCUCGGUCCCAAGCAAUUAGGUAUCUGCGUGUGAGAUGGGGGGUGGAUCUGUCAAGGUUGGUGGUGUUUGUUGGGGAGUGUGGGGACACUGACUACGAAGAACUUCUGGGAGGAAUGCACAAGAGCGUGAUUCUCAGGGGUGCGUGCAGCAGUGCGAGCAAUCAAUUCCACACGGGGAGGAGCUAUCCCCUCUCUGAUGUGAUGCCAUCAGAUAGCCCUAAUGUUGCUCAGACACCUGAGAAUUGCAGCAGUGCUGACAUCACGGCUUCCUUGGAGAGUUUAGGACUUAUUAGAUCAUAAAGGGGCAAGAGAGAUCAGAAAACACGGCUUUCUGGAAAGAAAGUCCAUGUCAGGUAAUUGCAUUGAUUCGGUGGGCAUGAUUCAACAUCCUCUGUUCUCUUUGCUUCGGUCUUCAGUUACUAUGUCGUCCAAGAUCAUGUAUGGACCAGGUUUCAAGCCAACCCCCCACCAAAACAGAACACAAACCCGGGCCAUGUAAUUUUCCAUAUGAACCAAAUCUUUUGGUUUUGGAGAUGUGUCUGGCAUGUACUUGAAAAUAUACCCGUACCUCUCUACUUGUAGUAUAUAUACAGGAUAAUGGGCAUUGGGCCAUUAUUACCGUGCAAGUGCUGUGGGUGAGAGCAACUUGUACUGGUUUGUUGUUUAAUUGAAGCAUUGCAACGGAAACUAGUUUUUGCAUGCAA